GUGAGCUGGUACGGGCUGGAGGCUGGACCUAGGUUGAGGACGUCGUUCAACCAAACCGGUCGCUCUCGCCUGCGCCAAACCGAUUGCCCCCGCUACCACCAACCCCGGUCAGCUUCCAGGAGACGCUUGCAGCUGUUAACGCGUUCCACGCCCACAACCCAACCGUGCACUACUGGACGACGAUGAGGACCGGGCAUUGCACACGCAUCGGGUACUGGGGAGUGGGGACCGGAAUGCUGCUCUUCUUAUUUGUGGGCGGUAACUCUGGAGAUCUGUAACCUGCUUUACUCGACUCGAAUGAACGUUCUCCUAGCGAACACGUGAGGAAGGCUGACAAACUAAACUCUAGUCGGCGCGUUCGACGCUCUCUCCUCUUACGGGUUUUCAACUCGAAUAACUUUGCGCAUACAGACCUCACUGGCCAGCGAGUUUUGCGCGUAACAAGAGUUAAUGAAUCUUGAAAGCUUGUGCCGGCGCCGCUCAUGCCGGCACCAGCAGUAGGCGCAAGGAUAAUGAAAGAAUAGUUGAGGCGUGGAUAGCCUGACGCCACUCAGGAGGCUUGACACCCGCGCCAAGUCUUGACGGCCCGCCCGGCGCAGCCGAAGCUUGGCGAGCACCACAUGGCAGAACCAGAAUCGCUUGUGGCUGCUAUCCUGCAGCAUAAACCGGGGCGGCUUAUCAGCCGGCUUCUGAAAAGCGGGGCACCUGAUGUAAUCCUCACCCGACGGGACCAGUCCGGCUUCAGUCCGUGCCACCAUGCGGUUAUGGCCGGCUCGGCGGAGGCUCUGCAGGCUCUGCUGGAUCAUGCUGCGCGCCAUACCCGGCCAGCGCGUGCGGCCGACGGCACGCCCUCCAAAGCACCUGGCUCGCCUUGGGCGCUGGUCACCGCGGCCGGCCCAGGCCCCAGCUGCUCCAGCCCGCUACACCUCGCGGCCGAGCGCAACGAGGCCCUGCUCCGCAUCAUCCUGGACCACAGCAGCCUGUGCACCGGCGGGGCGUCCUUCUUCGGCUUCACCCUCGCCAGCCGGCCGCACCCGGACCUGCUGCAGCUGCGCGACGGGCGCGGCUGGACGCCGCUGGUGUAUGCGGCCCGCGCCCACACGCCCUGCCUGCGCCUCAUGCUGCAGUACCUGGCCGAGGCGGAGGAGGCGGAAAACGGUGGCAGCGGCUGCGGCCGCAACAGCUCCAGCAGCAGCAGCAACAGCAGCGGCGCCUUCGUAGCGGGCCGCAGCGUCAACGUGCCCGACGCCGACGGCCUGACGCCGCUGCACCACGCCGCGCUGCUGGGCAAGUCCGACAAUUGCCGCCUGCUGCUCAAGGCAGGCUGCAACCAAGCGGCCCUGUGCGGCCCGCCGGAGCGCGCGCUGCCGCUGCACUUCGCCGCCGCUGGCAACCACGUGGGCGCGCUGGAGACGCUCUUCCGCUACGCCGUGGCGGCGCAGCCUGGCGGUUUCCGCGUGGCGCAGCAGGUGCUGCUGCGCGCCGACGGCUCCGGCAUGCCGGCGCUGCACACGGCGGUGCUGCAUGGCGCCGUGGACGGCGCGCGGCGGCUGCUGCAGCUGGUGUUCCCGUUCGACACGCGCGGGCCGGCCGGCCGCACCGCGCUACACCUGGCGGCGCUGCGCGGCUCCACCGUCAUGGUGUCCAUGCUGCUGCGGCACAGCACGCCGGCGCAGCGCGAGCUGCGUGACGACGAGGGCUUGACGGCCGCGCACGUUGCGGCGGCAGCGGGUCAGCUGGACUCGCUGCGCACGCUGGUGGCGGAGGGCGCGGUGGCAGUGGACGUGCGCGCCAGCGCGGGCCCAGCCGUGGCGGGCAUGUAUGAGGGUAGCACGCCUCUGCACUGCGCCGUGCGGCGCGGCCUGGUGGCGGCGGUGGAGGUGCUUGUGCGGGAGCUGGGAGCGGACCCGCACGCGCGCGACGCGCGCGGCCGCGCGCCCUACGACCUCGCGGUGGCGCUGGCGGCGGCGUCAGCGUCGCGCCGCGGCUCCGCGCACAUGAGCAACCACCACAGCCGCGGCGGCGGCGGCGGGGCCGGCGGUCGCGGCGGGGGUGCUGACGCCGACCCCGGCAUGCUCGCGCUGGAGGAGGUCCCGUUGGAGCUGGCUGACAGCGAGGACGCCAGCCACAGCAGCAAUAGCGCCGACCACGCCUUGCGCACCCACGGCACGGCCGGCGCCACCCCGCCCGUGUCGGCGGAGACGCAGCGCAAGAGCAUGCUGAUGGGCACUGCCGAUGUUGCGCUGGGCCUCGGGCUGAGCUCGGCUGACGAGAUUGACGGCGGCCGGCUGCCUGAAGAGAAGGCGCUGGCGGUGCUUCAGGCGUUCCUGCGACUGCUGCACGAGCCGCUGCUGCUGCGCGGCGGCGGCGACAGCGCGUCGUCGCUGCAAAACGGAGGCGUUAGCAGUGUCAGGAUGUCUUCCAGCGCGCUGUCCGUCAGCGCCAAGGAGCUGACAUCGCCGCAGCCGUCAUCGGUGGCUGCGCCGCCGCCUGUAGCAGCUGCAGCAGGCGUAUCGGGAGCAUUGGAGACGGUGGGGGCAGUGGCGGCGCCAGCCGUCGCUGCGGGCGGCGGUAUCGAUGUCGGGCAUCGGUCUGCGCAGGCAGAAGCAGAGGCUGCAGCGGAGGCAGCUGCGAUCGCAGUGGCGCUGGCCGGAGAGGGCGUUAUGAUGAUGGCUCCGGUGCCGGUGGAGUGGGGGACCAGGGCCGGCGACAGCCGUAGAGACACCGCUGCGGCGGUCCAGCAGCCCGGCGCUGCGGUGGUGAUGGCAGCUGCGGAGGCGGCCGCAGAGGCAGCCAUGAUGGUCGACGGCAACAAGGGUGGGGGGGCGAGGGCUGCUGCUCCAUCCUCCGACCUGUUGCAGGUGCUGUCGAGCACGACCAUCCCGGCCGCGGCUUCGGCUUCUGGUUCGCGCACCGCGGCCGCCGCGCAGGCUACUUCGCCACGGCCCUUGGCAGCCGAGGCCACGGCGGCUCAGCCGGCAGCAGCACCGGCAGCGGCAGCAGGGGCAGCGGCAUCGCCACCGCCGGCUGCCAAAGGUGCUCGCAAAGUGCCGGCAACAUCGGGCGCCGGCUCACAUGCGCACGUUAACGAGUUUGCUACGAAGGCGCCUUCAAAGGCAGGGUCGGUCGGCGGCGCUGCAAGCCGUGACGUCUCUGUCCACCGCACCAGUGCCGCGAGCGCGGCGUCGGCCGCAUCGCAGGGGCGCAACUCGCACACGGGCGGCGGCGCCGCCCCCGCAAACGGCUCUGCAUCUGUUAGCGGUGCCUCGGACGGUGCGCCAUCCCUUGCCCUGGCCUUCCUUGCCUCGCAGCUGGCGGCGCCACCCCCCGCCCCACCCCCGCCGCCACCCGCGCCGGCAGCGUCCGCCACCCGCGCCUCGCCAUUUGGGCCUGCGAAGGGCAAGGCGGCGCGGCCAUCGCCGUUCCAGCCCAAAGCUUCGCCCUUCAAGCCCAAGGCGUCACCCUUCACGCCUAAGCAGGGCACGCCGCCCGCUCGGCGGACGUCGCGCGAUACCUCCACCCACAGCAAGGAGCCUUCGGGCCACGGCAGCCGGGCGUCGUCGCCGCUGGCGGAUGGCACGUUGGCGGCCGCGGUGGCAGCACCGGCAGUGGCAGGAGGGACUGCAGAGAUGAAGGCAUUAACAGCGGCCGCUGGGAGCGCAGGCGGUGCCAGCCACUUGAUUCACCUGCCCGGCGUUGCUGCAGAGCCUCCUCAACAGCCCCCUCUAGGCCAGGCGGCACCCGGUAUAGCGCCCCCAGCUCCACCUGCCGCCGCCGUCACCGCCGCCGUUGCGCCUGCUACCGUGCCCUCACCCGGUGUGUCAGCAGCACCCAGCGAGGCGGCGGUCCUACCUUCGGGGUCGGGGUCCCUGCCGCCCUCGGCAUCCUGCGCGGGGCCGGCGCACGCCGGGCCUGUCUGCGUCAUCUCGCCCAUCAACAACCCAGUCGGCUACUCGGCCCUCAACCGCGCCAUCCUGACCAAGCGGCACGCGCUGGUAGAUGCGCUGUUGGCGACGCUGCCGUCCACCGGCCUCAGCUUUGGCGGCGCCGCCACGCCCGAGGUGGUGGUGCUGGCGCCACCCGUGCCAUCGCGGCGACCCACGGCGGGCGCGUAUGGCGCGAUGCCGCACUCGGCGCCGUUGGGCGGUGCCAGUGGUGGCGUUCUGCCGGCACUGGCGGGCUCACGGGUCACGACUGGCGGCCUGACCGCUGCCGGCGGCCGUGAACCAGACCUGGUUCACGGGAUGCCGUCGGGCGCGUCGGUGUCCCACAUGCACGGCAGCCACGGCCCCGUGGCGCACGUGUCCUUCCUGCACCAGCGCACGCUGGAUUCGUCCAAAUCACAAUCCACGGCGUCGCUGGCGCCGGCGGCGACUGCCGGCGCGAGCGGCUCCGGCGUGGGUAGCGGCGCUGUAGCCGACGGCGCCGGUACCCAGCAGGGGCGGGUGAGCCACAGCAGCCUCGGCCACGUGCCGAGCGGCGGCGCGGGGUUGCACCGCCACCACACGCCGUCGCCGCUGUCUCUGCCGCCCGGCGCGCACGCGUCGCAGGUCCCAGGCGCGGCACAGCCGCACCUCAACGCCAGCCAGCACGGCGUCCACCACCCGCACCACGCCCACCACACCCACCACACGGUCCUGUACGACAGCUCGCGCUACCCGCUGUCGCCCUCCACCGUAUCUAACGCCGGCUCCGGCGGCGCCUCAGCGGCGCCGCACGGCCACGCCCACGCCCACGGCCACUUGCCAGGCAGCGGCGCGCUGACCAGCCGCCAGACUUCCAGCCCCUUCGCCACCAUAGCCGGCCAGCCCUCCGGCCUGUCUUCCAGCAUCCCGACCGGCAUGCUUACCUCGUACCCCGCCGCUGCGCUGGCGCCGCCGCCGCCGCUGCUGCCGCUGUGCGUGCCCGGCCCGUCCGGCCCGGUGCUCAGCUGCCACCUGCCGCCGCCGUCGUGCCACAGCGCGUUGGUGCCGGGGCUGCUGGAAUGGGACGAGGGACACGACAGCUUCCGUGCGCUUCCCGCCAGCCAAGCGGGGCUGCGCUUGUGGCUGCAUUGGCCCGGCGAGCCCGACCCGGCCACUGGCUGGCUGCUGGCCGAGUUGGAGGUUAUGGAUGCGGGCGCACCGAACGGCCACGUCUGGCUUGGCCUGGGUCCCGCGCCCGAGUCACUGCGCCGCCUGCGCAGUGGUCUCAGCAGCGCCGGCGGCAGCCUGGCAACUGCCGACCCCUCGCUCACCUCCGUCGCGCCCCCCGCCUCUGUCUUGUCGCCUGCGGCCUCCGCCGCCACGGCUUUGGCGCCAACGCUGCUUCGCGCCGGCACCGCCAACGCGUCCGUUUCAAAGGUGCUCCCGCAAGUGCCCCUGCCAGCCAACGCCGCCGCCUCAGCGGCGGCGGCCUGCCCCAGCACCGUCGCGGCCGCCGCCGCCGCGCCGCCGUGCCCCGUCAUGGACAACCCGCUCACGCACGUGGUGUGCGUCCGCGACGGCUUGGCGUUCCGCGGCGGCGUGCAGACGGCGUCCAUGCUUGGCGUGGGCGGUGCGGCGGGCGCGGCGCGCAUGGAGGCGCGCAGCGGUGACACCGUGUCGCUGUUUUGGAACCGCUCCGGCCGCGCGGCUGUGUUCUGCUUGAACGGGCGCUACUGCGGUCGCAUUGCGGGCCUGCCGCCUGCCGAGGAGCUCGUUCCCAUUCUGGGGCUCAAGUGCGGCGGCUUCACCUUCCGCUGGCGCGUGGGCGGCAGCUGCAGCGCGGGCAUUGCGCGCGGCCUGCCGGCUGAUUCCUUGGAGGGGGACACGGCCGGCGGGUCCCCGGUGUCGCCGGGGGCUGCGGCUGCGGCUGCAGGCGGCGCGGCGGCUGCGGACGGGGCGGGGCAGAACAUUACUGACGUGGACUCGAUGUUGGUGCGGGAGCAGAUGAUGCACGAGGACCCGGAGGCGCCGUGGCAGUGCAAGGCUCCGUCCAUGACCAGUCUGCAUUUCGCGGCGUGGAGCGGCAACCGCCGUGUUCUGCCCCAGCUGCUCCGCGCCAAGGGCUUCCACCCCGACGAGCCUGACGCGGACGGCUGGACGGCUCUGCACUUCGCAGCCCUGGCGGGGCAGGUGUCCAUUGUGUCCCAGCUGCUUCUGUUCGGCGCCAAGCCAGACGCCUGCAGCAAGUACGGCUACACGCCGGUGUGGCUGGCUGCCAAGUACGGGCGCAGCUCCGACCACGUGGAGAUCGUGCGGCGGCUGGCGGAGGCGGGCGCGGGGCUGACCGGCCGCGACGGCCGCGGUCGCACACUGCUGAUGCUGGCGGCGGAGGCAGGCAACCUUGGCAUGGUGCAGCUGCUGCUGGACAGAGGCCUGGAUCCCUGUGCGACGGACUGCCUGGACCGGGAGGCGCAGCAGUAUGCCGGCCAGCACGGCGCCAUCUUCCGCCUGCUGCGCGGCGCGGUGGCGGGCCGCCGCGGCGCCUCCGCCGGCGCACGCAAGGCCGCCAAGAAGCGCCUCGCCGCUGCCGCAGCCCAGACUGCCGGCCCCGACGUCGGCACCGCGCCGCUCCUGCCGCUCAUGGCUGUCGCACACCCAGUGUUGCAGGCCGAUGACGAUGCCGACGGCGACCACGCAGACCUCGAGACGGAGGAGGAGGACGAGAGCCACGGCGGCGCCGGCCAUGGCCAUGGCCGCCGCGCUGACCGGCGCCACCUGUCACAGCUGGCGGCGCGAUGGCGCGUGGGUGCGGGCGAGCUCGUUCGCGGGCGACUGAUCGAGCAGGGCGCUUUCGGCCGUGUGUUCGAGGGCACCUGGUGCGGCACGCGCGUCGCCAUCAAGCAGGUCAUUCCCGUGGACCGCCGCAGUGCUGGCGGCGCCAUCGGCGGCGCUGCCGCUGCGGGAGGCGGCGCCGCUGGCGUUGACGACACCGCCGUCGCUCCCGGGCACGCCGCGGCGCUGGCGGGCUUGGGCCAAGAGGUGGCGAUCCUGGCGGCGCUGCCGGCGCACGAGCGCGUGGCGCGGAUGCUAGGCAGCGUGGAGCUGCCGGGCGAGGGGCUGUGCCUGGUAAUGGCCUACUACCCGCACACGCUGCAAGGCGUCAUGCAGAGCGAGCGGCUGCGUCGCAGCUGGCUGACGCCGGCGCGCCGCGCCGCCAUCGCGCGGCAGCUGGCGGAGGGGCUGGCGUUCCUGCACGGCCUGCCGGGGCUGCGCGUCAUCCACCGCGACCUCAAGCCCAACAACGUGCUGCUGGAGGCGCCGCCCUCGCUGGACGUCAAGAUAUGCGACUUCGGCCUGGCACGGCUGCUGGCGGGCGCGGACGUGCAGUCCAGUAGCGCGGCCGGUCACGCCUUCUGGAUGGCGCCCGAGCUGCUGCGCGGACUGCCCUAUGACGAGAAGGUGGAUGUGUACUCCUACGGCGUCAUCCUGUACCAGCUGGCUUUCUGGGUUGAUGACCAGCUGUACGGCGGCCUCAACAAGGCGCAGGUGGACUUCCAGGUCGUGCACGGCCUACUGAGACUGCAGGACCGCAUCACAGCCAGCGUCGCGGCCGCAGCGGCGGGGGCCGCGGCCACCGCUGCGGCGGCGGGGGCGGCGGCCACGGCCGCCGCCGCAGGCGGGGGCCCAGCUACGCCUGGCGGCACAGCUGGCGGUGCGGGCACUGGCGGCGGCGUGGCGACGGGGGCGGCGGCUGGGGUGGCGGGCGGCACACCCGGUGCUUUGAUGGGAGCCGGAACGGGCGCAGCAGGAGGCGCCGGCGCGGCGCCUGGUGGCGCGGCCGUGGUGCCGGUGCCGGUGGUCGGAAUGGACCCGGCGCUGGUGGCGCUGGUGCAGGAGUGCGUGGAUGAGAACCCCAAGGCGCGCCCCACCAUGGACGAGGUGGUGAGGCGGUUGGCGGUGGUGCGUGAGAUGCCGCAGCCACAGGCGGUGGCGAUGGCUGCACGCCGCCAGCAGCAGCAGGCUGCCGCCGGGGGCGGUGGUAACGACACGCCGCAGCCGGCACAGGCUGAGGGUGGCGCGCUAGUUGGUUCGCCAAUGCGGCCUGCAGGGCUGCUCGGCGGGGCUUGAGCUGGAGGCCGAGACGAGCAUGAGAUAUCGGAUGUAUGGAACGGGCAGAAGCGCGGAGAGCAGAAGCAUCCAAGGACAUUCCUGGACCAAUGCCCAUGAGCCAUGGCUGAGUAAUACGCUUUCCAUAUUGUGACCAGCCGUUUGGGAGUGUGAGUCCCGAGGGCUGGGCUUCAUGGGGCGGUAGAAGGGAGGAGAGUGGAGUGUAUGCAAUAGCAGUGGCGCAUGGCCAAAGGCGCAGUUGGUGCGCGCGCUGCCAGGGUGAGACAGUGGUUACGUGCAUGAGCAGGAUGAGUACGGUAGUCUAUCGUGAGCAGGGUGGUGUGUGAGGGUGUGAUCAGGUGCUGGCUUGGACAGGAUUGGGGGGUGGGGCAGCCUGGUGCACAGGUACGUCUCAGUUCCCUGUCCAGGCUGUUCUGAUAUGUUAGACGCAGAUACGGCAGGUGUGAAAACCUGAAUUCCGGUACCGGAUCAGACCGGAGAGACGAGGAGCCCUCACAGCUAGCCUCGUUACGUGGCGACCAAAUCUGUAACACAUCAUCAUC